AUGAGGGUGGAGACAACGUGUUACAAGUUUGUUGGUCGACGCUUUGGAAUCAAACAGCCCAGCAAGAUAAGAGUCAUUGAUGACUGCUCAUGUUGCGGCUUGAACUGGACGGUUGGUUUGCAUGAGAAAUUUCAACUGCAGUCCAUCGACAUCCUUGCAUCCAUAGGUGCAGAAGCCUUCAAGUCCUCUCCCGGUGAAUCCCUUCCUUCCGUUCUUGGAAGAUGCUACGACUUGAAAAGCGCGUACAAGCAGUUUGCUGUCCAUCCAAAUGACCGUUCCCAUUUGCGUGGCAAGAAAUACAUGCCGUUUGAUGAGAAGUUUCGAAUGUUGGGGCUGGAAGUUAAUUUGAACCACUGCAAGAACGGAAAGGUCACCAGUGGACACACCAACGAACGUCAAGAUAACCUGGUAGCAAGGAUCAACGACAUUCUUGCGGAAGGCUGGAUGGACGCCAAAGAGGCCGAGAUCGACAUCGCCAAUCCCAGCGGGCCAAGACCAGUGGCACGACCACUCUUGGCAAGACAACGGGGAUUGGGACAGCCGAGCCCGAUCUACGCAGCCAACGUCCUCUACGGAGACGAGAGGAGAGAUAGCCGAUUCACUCAAGACAGGAAUCGUCGUGGACAUCGAUCCGUUGCAGCGACCCAGCGCCGGAUCGAUCGAGGACAAGAGCGCCGAAGACAGGCAGAGCUAGCAGCCCAACAGGCGCAAGCAGCGACUCAGACAGAGCCGCAGCAAGGAGACACCGCUCCUCCCGAGCCAAGUAGACCCCCACGGGUGUCCACUAGCGAGAGGAGAGCGCGGUCAGCCCCGCCCCCAGGCCAAGCAGCCUUAGAGGAAAACGAAGAGGCUGAAGCAAGCCUGGUCCCUCGGAAGGAUCGCAGGCGAAGAGACAGGGCCGAGGCGAAGGCCAAGUCCCAAGAGCCCAUUCCAGAAGAAGAACUGGAAGAGGUUCUAGAGGAGGAGCUACCAGCUUCUUCCUCCGUUCGUGUGCCCACUCCUCCAAGGGUACCGGACGAGCACUACAUCAGUGAAGCCCGGCGCAUUCUGGACCAGCCUCAGCCAGAGGUUCCAGAAGAGAUCGCAGCCGCGGCAGCUGACGCGCCAGCAGACGAGUCUGGCAACGAGACGGAAGUUGAGUGGGGAGAUUCGCUCUCGAGCUACAGCAGCUACGAGGUGUGCGAGAUCCCUGACCUGGAAACCGCCAGGCGAGAAGCAGAAGCUGUAGCAGCCCAAACCAAGUGGCUGGAGCAGAAGCGGUAUCCUUCCUUGGACGUGUCCAGCAACUUGACACCGUGGCUUGUGCGCCACGCGGCAUGGCUGAUAGCACGUUUCCAUGUGAGAGGAAAAGACGGGCUCACGCCCUACCGCCUGACAACUGGCAGCGACUACUCACACCCAGUCGCCAUGCUAGGCGAAGUAGUUCUGGGAAAAGUACCGACCCCGAGGGGCAAGAUGCAGCGAAGGUGGAUCAAAGGCAUAUGGCUAGGUAAGCUGGACAGAGACGACAGCAAUGUGCUUGGCACGUCGUCUGGGGCAAUCGCCGUGAGAUCGGUGAGAAGACUGCCAAAGGAAUCACAGACCAGUCAAGAGUUGAUGAACGACAUGAAAGGAAUUCCUUGGCAACCCCGCGACGGGAUGAGGCACAAGAUCAACAGAGAGCUGUCACAGCCAGUGGCACUCCCAGCGCCAGCCGCAGCGGGUCCCACCGCGCUGGCAUCAGAACCCCCAGAGGAAGAACAUCCGACACUGGCAGAAGAUGGUCAAAACGUUGACCAGGAUGGGUUAGUCGUGCAGGCCGCAGCCCAGCUGGAAGACCUACUUGGCGACCAAGCCGAGGACUUCCCAGCGGGUAUCCCCGCGGACGACGACGACGCACUUAGCUGCGUGCCCACCACGCCAGCAAGAUCUGAAGCUGCAGAUCCUCCGCCGGCAGCAAGGCCGAGCGGGCAGCCUCCGCCCUUCCGAGGUGCGGGAUGGUCAUCGUCGCUUCAGAGCCUCCCGGACGAACCGAUGAGUCCGAGCGGACUUGGUCAAGGAGGGAAGCGAGUAAGAGAUGAUCAGGCAGCGCUUGCACCCGGACAAGCUGAAGCCAAGCAGUCCAGGCAAGCAGGUGUCUUGCAGCAUCUAACAAAUCACGAGAUCUGGUCCCAUAUCCAAGAAUGGGCCAACUCCGAAGACAAGAGCAAUCCAAUGGCUUUGCAAAGGAUAGCCAAUGUGACGGAUUUCGUCGAUCAAUUGCUCGACCCAGAGGAGGUCACCAAAGCGCGAAAAGUCCAACUUCAAAAGCUUUGGGAGCGAGGUGCCUUCACACCCGUGCACCGCCAAGAAAUCCCAAAAGGUUCACAAAUCUUCUCACACAAAUGGGUUGACAAGUGUUCCAAAGGAGAAUACAAGUCGCGUUUCACAUGCGCUGACGUCAAGGCUCGCUACACAGCAGCCGAGGAGGAGGGAUUGGACGUGUUCGUUCCAACUCCUACCCCAGAAGCGCACAAUCUUCUGGAGGUCUAUGCUCUGACAAAGGGUUACUACGCCCGAAGUCUGGACAUCGUCGCAGCCUUCUUGAUUGGAGCUGACCGAGGAGCCAGCGAAGGGAAGCAUGUCUACAUGCGUGCACCAGUUGAGUGGCACGACAUCUUCCUUGAGUGGCUAGAAACUCUCAGCCCCGAAUUGAAGGAUUGGUACAAGGAAUCGUUCAAAGAACUUUUCUUCAGGUUGGAUGGAAACCUAUACGGCAGAAGGACAGCCGGAUCCGUCUACAGAAAUGAGUUGGAGGAAAUCCUCUUCUCAAAGGUUGAUCCACAGCGGUAUUCUUUCUCUCGUGGUGAGAAGGAUCCAUGUGUCUUCCGUUGUGACAAGUCAGGGAUCAUCCUGAUUCACCACAUAGACGACAUCCGUAUGGCUGGACCAAAAGAGGCUGUCAACCACCUGGUUGAUGUCGAAAUGCCGAAACACUGUGAGGUCCAAGCAGGAGAGCUCGAAAGCGAAGGAACAGCUGUUGAGUACCUGGGUCGCACCAAGGUACGAACCAAAGAUGCUAUCAUCACGAUACCAGAUGAGAAGCACAUCAAAGCUGUCAUCGCUGCUGCGGGAAUCUCCGCCAGAGACCGCAGUGAGGUUCCUUCCAAACAACUGAGCCUCUUAGAAACGGAGCCUCUUGGCGAGGCAGAUGCCAAGCUUUAUCGCUCGGCAGUAGGAUCAGCGAUCUACCUGCGGUGA